AUGAAAAAUUGGUCUAGAGUUUCGAAUUUUCGCAAAGAAUUUCGAGCAUUCAUCGUUGAAAAUUACAAUAAAAAAGUGAAGGAAAUCGCACAAUGCGAGAAACUCAACUAUAAACGCCUGAAGUCGUUCAACAAGCGUAACAAGGAGAAACUUGAGUUAGCAGCCGCUCUGAACGCUCAACGUCGUGCUGAGAGCGGUGAACUCACCGAAGAAGGAGGAGCUGACAUGAAAGAGGAUUAUGGAACAAAAAUCGGGGCUCUGAUGUUCGUCCCAGAGCAUAGACUUGUGUUAGGAUCCAGUGAACUGGUCACAGUGAAGGCCAAGGUUUUUAUGAUACCAGGCGGCUUCUGGGUACGAAUGGCUGAGACUCGAUAUGAUGGAAGUAGCACUGGACGGCACGCCCAUAUUCUGAAGCUCCUACAUCCGACUGUGACCCUAUUGGCGGAGUCAAAGGACCCUAAUCUGGAUUGCGAUACAAGAUAUCGCCUCGCUGAGGGCCUUCGGUUUCUUGAAAUCUUCAAGCUCACCGAUGUACUCUAG